GCCCAGAGCUGACACUCCUACUUCCUACCAGUAGUUCCUUUCAGGAGCUGGUUGUGCCUGUCUGAGACGGUAACUCCGGCCCGUAUUCAUUAAUAGCUUUUCACGUUUGCUUUAAAAAUGAGCGAAGUGGAAAUGCAGGACGGUGCUGUUAAUCAAAGCGAAGAGCAGGUUAAAGCCGGCUCCGAGAACACAGAGACCGACUGGGAGGCUGCACGGGAGAAAUUUGAAAGCCUGGCCUCUGCAAAGAAGCUCCGGACCCCGAGGUCUCAGUAUGCCAUCACUAUCGCUGUGUCUUCUCGCUGCCUCUUUAACAUGGUGGAGGAAAGACAGAUCUACGAGGAGCACGGGCUGGAGAAGUACGUGAAACAUCAGCAGGAACACGAAGAGGAACCACUGCGGAAGGGACCAGCCUUCCCCUUGGUCAAGGCAUUGGAAGCAGUUAAUUUACGACUCCGUGAACUUUACCCUGACAGUGAUGAAAUAUUUGAUGUAGUUCUGAUGACAAACAACCAUGCUCAAGUAGGGGUACGGCUGAUAAACAGUAUCAAUCACUAUGGUCUGGCAAUUGAAAGAUUCUGUAUGACAGGUGGAAAAAGCCCCAUUGGGUACCUGAAAGCAUAUCUUACCAAUUUGUACCUCUCGGCAGAUCCUCAGAAAGUGGGAGAGGCAAUUGAAGCAGGAAUAGCAGCUGCCACCAUGUUUCAGAUGAAGAAGGACCUGAACCUUUCAGAUAAACAGCUGAGAGUGGCAUUUGAUGGUGAUGCUGUUCUAUUCUCUGAUGAGUCAGAGAAAAUCGUAAAGCUUCAUGGAUUAGAUACCUUUUUUGAACAUGAGAAGAAGUAUGAAAACAAUCCUCUUGCAAAGGGUCCUCUCAAGGGAUUUUUGGAAGUAUUAGGAAAACUCCAGAAGAAGUUCCAUGCCAAAGAUUUACGCUGCGACUGUCCAAUUAGGACUUAUCUUGUCACAGCAAGAAGUGCUGCAAGUUCUGGAGCGAGGGCUUUGAAGACGCUUCGGAGUUGGGGGCUAGAAGUUGAUGAAGCACUCUUUCUAGCUGGGGCACCAAAAGGACCAUUGUUAGAAAAAAUUCGCCCUCAUAUUUUCUUUGAUGAUCAAAUGUUCCACAUUAAAGGAGCACAGGAGAUGGGAACCAUUGCAGCACAUGUGCCCUAUGGCAUUGGACAAAAGUACAAUAAGGGCACUCCCAUAACUGAAAAUACUGAGAAAAGUUAAAUGACAAAUGGUAAAGCAUAUCCAGCUACGUAAAACAAAAAAACAAGGUCAGAUUGUUUACUCCAUUACCUGCAGGUGAAAUAUGAUAAAAUCACAAUGUGUUAGGGGAAUGAGAAAAUUGGACCUCACUCAGUAGAGGGGCCUUUUCUUACAUAGGACUCACUUACUUGUUUCUCCUUUUCCAGACUUCCUAGAAUUUAUUACGAUUUAUUUAUCUUUAAAUACUAUCAGGCUUGAGGGCAGGGGAGCAUGAAGUAAUCAGCUUUAGAUUUUCAUACCCCUUUUAAUUGUCAAAGGAAAUAGUCAAAGGAAUCCCUCAAAAUCAGAACCUUACAAAGCAGAAUGAGGUCAUUCUGUGCCAGCUCCCUGAAAGACCAUACUUAUGGUUUCUUUCCUCUGCUCAUUUCUAGAUUUCUUUUUUUUGCAAAUAUUGCUCCUACUUCCCUUUUUAUUAAAGUUGCAGCAACAGCAGUUUAUUAUACAUCAUUCUGGGGUGGGGGGUUAAUUUUAUUAUUCCCCACCCACAACUGGUGAUCUGAUGUUCCCUAAUCAGCUUCAGGCUUCAUAAUGAAGAUGGUGCUGUGGAUAGAGGCAGGUGCUACUGCAGUCUGGGUCACAGAAUUGUGGUUAAACUUUGAAUCAGAAGGGAAAGAGCUGAAUCAGGAUCAUGGUCUGGAAUUCUGGACUGAGGGAUGGUUGGAGUCAGGAUUUUGGAUGGGAAUUAAAGCUGUGGGUGAUUUGAUCUCAGGAAUGGAGGCUGCAGUGAUAAGGUUUCCAAUUCUGGUGAGCACUUUCCUUUUGCGUUUAAUCAGUGUUGCAGGAGUUUGGCUUCUUAUUCACCAAUGCAAAGACCAAAAUGCCUGUGUCUUGCAGGGGUAAAGAAUAUCUCCUCUUUGUCUUUUCCAGUCUGGCUGAGGUUACUCUUCUGAUCAGAAUUAUGUGCACGUUUCCUGCAACAUCAUCUCCAACCUGCCUACUGACCCAACUCAAGGGAGGAUAUGCAAUGGGAGAAAAAUGGGUGUUACCCAGAUGCACUUAACUUUCUCUAUACUAAUAGUCUUCUGCUGUGUAAUGUCAUAGAACAUAGAACAGUACAGCACAGAACAGGCCCACAAUGUUGUGCCUACAUAGCUAUUUCCUCCUACCUACAGAAUCCCCAUAUCCCUCUAUUUUCCUCUCAUUCAUGUGCCCAUCCAAACCCCUCUUAAAAGCCCCAAUGAAUUUGCCUCCACCACCCUUAUCAGGCAAUGUAUUCCAGGCAUCCACCACUCUCUCAGUUAAAAAAAAGUUCCCGUCACAUCUGUUCUGAACCUACUCCCUCUCAUCUUAAAUACAUGCCCUCUGGUAAUGGAUCACUCAAUAAUGGGAAAAAGAUAUUGCUUGUCCACCCUAUCUAUGCCCCUCAUAAUUUUAUACACUUCCAACAUAUCACCCCUCAGCCUCCACUGCUCCAGAGAAAAGAGCCCAAGUUUGUCCAGCCUCUCCUGACAGCACAUGCCCUCUAAUCCAUAAAAUGAAUGUCAUUCAUUUUAAUACUGGUGAUUUUUGAACUCUUAGCCUCUUGUUACUGGUCCAUUACCCAUCAGAAAUUGCUUUUUUGCACUGAAACAAUAAUCAUUGAAUCACCUCAAUCAUUUCUAUUUAAAGGAAAAUGUCCCCAAAAAAGUUAUGAUUAGAGCCACUAAUCCCUAUUUUCAUUUCUUGGAAUAUCUGUACUUAAACUAGAUUUGACACAACUUUAGAGUUGUACUCCCUCCUCCAGUGUAAUGGUGUUUAUGUCUUUAAUAUGCAUGUUAAGGAAGUAGGAUCACUAGAAUAUAGUUGUUCUAUGAUGUGAGCCAAUUGUAUAGAUCGUAUAUCAAUUAAUUUUCCGGUCACUCCCAUCAACCUGCAUGGUUUUACUCUUUUCGCUUUGAUAUAUUGGAAUUAUGUCACUCAACAGUAUCUGUAAAAGCUUAUGACUUGCCUUCAAUUAUAUGAUCCAUGACUAUAUUUCCCUGGUCACAACAAUAUAUGCUAUUUAUUUGCUAAUAGUUACUCUUUCCACUUGUUUCAGUGAAAGUAGAUCUGAUUUUAGAUCAUUUUAUUGUCUGUAAUAACAAUGUUUACAUUUAGAGAUUAUAAUUUUUGCAAACCCUUGGGUAAAGGUAUGGACCUGCAGUGCAGGGCACCAUUUUGAAUGGAAUGAGCAGCAGAAAAAAAGACAUUUAAAAGGUAUUCAUGAAUGGUGAAUCUUAAAGCUUUUGAGGAUUUUCCUGUUCUUAAUAUAAACUAUUAAAUUGUCUCUGUUUUGUUUGUAUGUUGAUAAUUUAGAUGUCUGCUAUGCUAAUGGCACUUUUUAUAAACCAAGCUAUAUUUGACAAACAUCAUUUAAUGAGCUCCUUACAAAGGACCUACUUAAAUUGUUGAUGAGGUUCAGCAAUUGUGGCGGACAAGACAGACAAAAUUGUAGAAAAUACUACAUUUUUAUUAGUAGCAGUAAUUUGCAACAGUUGGAACACAUUUGUUUAUGGGAGAGGAAAGCAGUUUUUAUUCUUUUACACUCUUUAUACUUAUAACGUUUUAUAUUAUGCUGCCUUGUGGCUCCUGUUGAGGAACAGCAGCUGUCAGUUGUGAGCCAUCAGCCGUCAUCCUUCAGUGAAGACUGGGUAGUGAGUGGGCUUAAAUGAUGGGGCAGCUUUGCUCCGUCUCGUGCCUAAGCUAGGGAAGCAGAUUCCAAUGACUGCUGGUCAAGGGGCAAGCUAAAUCCGAUUAUUUCUGCAGGCAAUGUACCAGGCUCACCAUUUUUCCUGCAUGCUGACUGUCAUUCACCCCCGGCCUUGGGCGAUUUGUGCAGAGCCAAUCGAGAGAGAGAGAGCGAGAGAGAGCGAGAGAGUGAAUGGGGCAACAAAUGGCACUGAUAUUCUCUGCUUAAACAUUACAAUUUAUGUAGGGGCUUAAUGCUUAUAAAUCUCUCUAAUGUGCAACAGUAUGACAUAGGAUAAUUGUUUCAGUCCAAAUUGAAUAUUAUUUAACUAUUGUGGUUGUUGAAUUUCAGUGCCUAUGCAUUUUAUACUUGUUUUCUUACCUGCACCUGCCAUUGUGCAUUUUUUUACAAAAUAUACUGUACUGUUUCUUUAAUUUCAAUAAAGAUAGCUUAUU